AUGUCACAUAAUAACAAAAGUUUAGACCACCUAGAUCCCAAUUAUGUUAUUAUAUUCAACUAUUCAAAAGAUAAUUUAGCACAAUUAUUAGCAGAACUAUCAAUAAGAGGACUAGAUGCAGUGACUAGACCGGGCCCUGAUGCUAAGAGUGUUUUCGUCUUCACUAGAGUAGAUGUAGAGAAAAUCAAAAAUGACUAUAUCUAUUCACUCUCACAAGAUUUACCUUUUAUCAUAACACAUUUUCCUAUAUACGAUAAGAGGACUUUGAAAAGGUUAGACAAACUGUAUAAAAAUUCCAUGCAAAGGAUACCCUUUAGUCUUCCUACAGAAAAGGAAUUAGUAGAAUUAGCUUUGCUUUCUGGAAAUUCUAAUCAAUCUCUUUAUUUUGCUUAUUUUAAAUAUUAUAUUCAUUGGUUGAUACCUCUUUCAAUAAUUGGUAUAUUUGUUCGUAUAGCAUUCCGAAGUAAACCCUCUUGGGAAUUCAAUAAACUAUACACAUUUUUAUUAUUCUUUUGGUCCAUCAUGUUUAUCUCUACUUGGAUCUAUAAGUCAAGAAAACAUUACGUGUUUUUAUUUGAAGGCAUUUAUAAGGUGACUCUAUUUCAAUCUGGCAAUGGAAAAAAGAAACACGACGAACAUUACAAAGUGAUUUUAAAGAAAUGCUGUUUUAUUCCAAUUGCCAUAAUAUUUAUAAUUCUUUCAAUUUUUAUUCAGUUGCUGUGUUUAAAGGUUGAAGUUUUCAUAACUCAAUUAUUUCCUGACUCCUUGACAAUUAAUUCACUUCUACUAUUUCCAUCUCUACUGAAUUAUCUUCUUACAACAUUAUUAACAAAAAUAUAUAAAAAAGCCUUAAUUGAGAAAUUUGUCAAAUGGGAGAAUAGUUCUAACCCAAAUGGAUCAAUAAUCGAAAAAGACUUUGUUAUCACCUUUUUUACUAGUUAUGCCCCAUUAAUCAUCACUCUAUUCUUAUACAUACCUUAUGGUUAUGUUUUUACUACUGAGGUGACUCAAAAUAAAACAACUUCCUACUUCAACAUUUUUCGUAUAGAGCCAACAGUAUCAAAUGAAUUCUUUAUGAAUAUUAAAAGGUCUAAAGAUCAAAUUCUAUAUUAUACUGUCACUAACCAAAUUAUUUCUAUUGCUAUAGAAAAUCUUCUUCCAAUAGGAAUCCAUAUCUUCAAAACUAACGCAAAUAGAAUAUCUGCAGAUACAGCUCAAGAUACUUCUCAUAAUAUAUACCCAAAAUUAAGACAUUAUAUUGAAACUCAUUUCAAGAAGGACCUUAAAACAUGGGAUUAUAUAAAUUCCCUUCAACAAAACGAUUGGGGGUCAUUUGAUUAUAAUGAAAAUAUGAAAAAGUUAGUACUUCAGUUUGGUUAUAUCUCUAUGUUUUCUAUUAUUUGGCCACUGGUACCCUUUAUCUUAUUAACUUUCAAUCUAAUUACUUUUAAAUUAGAUUUGUGGAGAUCAAUAAAAAAAUAUAGUCCAGUCUCUUUUCCCAAUAUUACAGAAACUUCUGAAUUAGAAGAUGACUUCAAAGGAUCUGCAUCUACAUCCGAUUCUUGGAAUAUCAUAAUGGAAAUAAUUUUAAUUAUAUCAUCAGUUAUUUCUCCUACUUUAACUCUGAUAUAUUCUAAUUCUGACUUGGCAAAUACUAAGAAGAAUAACAUAAGAUUGACAAAAGAUGAAUGGAAUUGUUGGUACCCCUUCAAGUACAACUGGAGCACAAUUUUGAGAUUUAGUAUAUUUUUAGAACACCUUUCGUUGCUUGUUUAUUACCUUUUUUACAAACUUUUAGUGUCAUUGCAAGAAACUCCGAAAGUUGGGCAUAUUCCUAUUAUUAGCACAUCACAACUACCGAAAAAAACUAAUUUAUUAGAUAUUGUAAUGCAAACUAAUAAUUAUAUGCAAGAAAUUACAAAUGAAAUGAAGAGCAUGAAAAUUAAGAUCUUAAAAAAGAAUGGAAUAAAUCACAAAAAUAACACUUCAUCAAAUGAGAAAGAGGCAAAUAUCACAGAGGAUAUUUUUAAAUUUACUGAAUCGACGCCUCAGAUAUCGCCUAGAAAAUACGUACAACAUACUCCCAACAGCCAUAUACUGUCAGAAAUUACACAUAAUAAAAAAACUCGAUCAUCACCAAAAUUCACUAAAAUAAUAACUAGUCCGAGAAUAAUAAAUACCUAUCGUAUUCCAAAUAAAACACCAGACACACCUGAAAAAGAUCUUUAUGAGGGCGUUGUUAGUGCAACUCUACCUGAUCAAUUUUCAAUAUCAAAUAAUUAUCAUCUGAAAAGUAAUAAGAGAGACAAUGCAAUAACAAGAACUAUAAAUAAUGACACAAAUACACUAUCCAUGACGAUUAGUCUACCUCUUAGAGAUCCUCACCAUCAACAAACUAAGACUGCAAUAUACGAUAAAAAUAUUUUUGAAAACGAGGAAGAAACCCUGAAAAAUCCAGUGAAGGUAUACCCAAAACAACAUGAUGUAUCUGUUAUCCAUAACAAUAAGGACCUUGCAACUAAAGCAGCAGCAACAGUUAUUAAAGCAGAAAGAGAAGAUGUACCAGUUACCCCAUUACAACUAUCUAACAAACGUGACGAGGAAAACAAAAACACAAAAGUUGAACCAUUAGAAAAUAUUUCUAAUAUUAGAAGGUCACUUUCUCUCAGAAAAAGAUCAAUAGUUUCAAGGAAAUCUUUUUUAACUCAACAAUCAAGCGAUGCCACAAACGACUCCUUCCCUCAAAGGAUAGGAAAUAGUAAUACUAAAAAUUUACAUAGUUCUUCUCCAAUCAAACAAUUAGUUAAGAAAAUUAAAAUCAAGUUAUAA